UUAAAGAAGUUUGCGGGCUUCCAUUCUCUCCUCUUCGGAUAUGGCGAUUCCGGCUUCACUUUUUGACCCUCCGGGCGGGACAGGGUUGGGAUCGGCCGCGACAACGAGUCAGCCGCUAACAGAAGACGAGCUGCCAGAGGAGCUUAGGCGGCCGGCUAGACGGAAGGUGGAAGGCAUGAGUGCUGCAUUUAUGGUGGAGGGCACAGAGAGCAUUCUGCAGGAAGCAAGACACACAGUUGAAUGUGAAACGCAGAGACAUCCCUGCCCUGUGAAUUUACCUGAAUCGGGUAGCCGGUCCAAUUGGUCAAGGCCCCAGGCAGCAAAUCAAGCGCAGCCACAGAAACCGUCAACGAGUCAAUCGCAGCCCCAAAAAUCAUCAAGAAGUCAAUCACAGCCGCAGAAUAUUUCUAUUGAAAGGUUCUCAGGGCUAAGGAUAAGGCAUGCAGUUUUGCCUCCAAGCGUUGUGGAACAGUACUUUUCAGAAGUGCGGUUUAUUCGGCUGGGAAACAUACUACUGGGAAGGGAUCGGGGGCUGGUAAAAGGAUUUCGGCUGAUUGAUGACGUCAUCAUCCUGAUCUGGUGUCCAGCGAAGGAUGGUGAUGUCCGAAGGACAAGAAUUAUGGAGAAAUUCGCAAUAACAUAUGAUGACAAUGUGGCGCUGGAAAGGACGGACGUGGGUCGAUAUACCGCGGAGCCAGCUAUGGCGCUGGCCCAGGGGACUAUCCCGAAGAUCGGCUCCAAUUUGUUUUUCUGUCAAUGGAAUGUUUUUGCGGGACACCAAUGGGUUGCAGCACAGCAAAGCAAUAACAUUAUCACGCUUGGGAUAUCCCCAGAUUUUGGAAUUUGUCGGGGGGUACGCAAAGAUGGAGGCCAAUGCAAGCAGGUUAUUAAUAGGAGCCGUGGCGAUUACUGUGCUUUUCAUGCGCAGGCUGAGUACAACAAGCUGAGAACAGAUAGAAUGGAGCUGACUGGUGGCAAUCUUGGGACUGGAUUUUUGUUUCAAGAGCCGAAGAAACGUGCACAGAGUGUGGUUGGGGCAUCAGCUUUUACAAAGGAAGACAAAUCUCUUCAGAAAAAGCCAGUGAAAUACAUGACAACAACUGAGCUUCAAGAAUUGGCAAGUGAUAAGACAAAUAAGAUUGCAACUGCUGGGAGAGCAGGACUGAGGUAUCUGCAUAUUGCAGCAGGGAUUCGGAAUCCAGGUGAUCCUUUUUCGAUAAGUCAAGAUGCCUACGAAAAUUCGGUGAAAAAGAGAAGGGCGAACAGGAACGAAGAUGUUUGCAGGAUUCUGAAAUCGGCGGUCAAGAGUGAAAAUCAGGAGAAGGCAGCAAACGGUCCUCCUAUAUGCGCUAGCAGCAGCCCCAGAGCGGCAAGAGAAUCGGGUGCAGUUGAGCAUUCCAGGAAAGAAGUUUGCAAACCUGCGUCGUCCUCCGCAGGUCGAGAUCGCACCCAGAGCAUUGGUCGCGAGUACGCGAAAGUGCGGAAGGAACAAUCAACACCCUCUGCUCACGAAUCGGGGGCAGUUGACCAUUCUAAGAAAGAAGUUCGUCGAACUGCAUCGCCCGCCGCAGGUCGGGAUCGCAUGCAGAGCAUUAGCCGCGAGUACUCGAAAGUGAUCAAGGAAAAAGCAACACCGUCUACUCGCGAAUCCGGGCUUGGUUGUGCCUUAGGAGGAGGGCACAGGUAUACUGCAGUCAAGAAUGGGGUUGGGACUGGGAGUGGCAGACCUGUAAAUCAACUCCGUGGCACACAGACUAGUUAUCCUUCAAGCAGAACAGGAACUGGGACGGGGACUGGGACUGGGACUGGAACUGGAACUGGAACUGGGACUGGGACUGGGACUGGGCCCGGGACGGCAACUAGGACUGGGACCGGGACUUGGACUGGGACUGGGAGUGGGACUGGUACUAGGACUGGGACUGAGACUGGGAAUGGGAAUGGGACUGAUAGUGGCAGAAGUGCGCAAGCAGCUGCCCAACAAGCACCGCUCAAGAGAUCUGCAGGCGAUUGCAGCCGCCGUCUGCCAGACAUAGGGUUUUGUCCCGACUCGGGAAGAGUGAAUCCUUUGAGGCAAGUUCUGAAUUCUGGCAAUGGGCACAAACCAAUUCAUCAAAGCACUGUUAAAGCUGUCAACAGGAGUAAAGCAGGUAAUUGUGCAGCUGCUCCAGGAGGAGGAGGCAGAGGAGGAGGUUCUACCACAGAAACAAGCAGCAAAGGUACACACAACAGAGUCAAUGGACCUACCGGUUCGAUGCCAACUGCAGGUAAUCGUGCAGCUCCAGGAGGAGGAGGCAGAGGAGGAGGUUCUACCACCGAAACAAGCAGCAAGGGUACGCAGGACAGAGUCGACAGAACAACUGCUCCAGUGACAACUUCAGGAGCGAAAGACAGUCGAGGUGCAGGACCUUGUGUUAGUACGAACCCGCCGAACAGGAAAAAAGGGUUGGGAACUUUGGGGCCUCCUGGCAGGUUGGCGGACGCAUUUGGUCAUUUGCUUGGUAAGGUGUAAAAGAUUGAAAUGCUCUCAUUUUCAAUUUCGAUGGUUACGAAGAAAUUUUGUAUCUCCUUCCUGUGUGAGUCAUGCCCCCCCCUGCG